UCGUCUCGCGCCACCUCCGCGCGCUAACCAUUUCGUUCGGAGGGCGUCGGCGUCUAACCCGCGUUUCGAGGCUUGUUCACGAUGUUCGCGUUGCCUGAGCAGUUUGCCCUGCUUCAUAACCAGGCCCUCCUGCUUUUUGCGGCAGGCGUCGGUCUCAUGGUUCUGUACGCUCGGCGCAGCGAUCGCUUGGCGAAGGCGGCCGCCGUGCCGCUGCUCCUGGACGUCAACCACGACUACACCGUGCACCUCAAGGAACGGGUGCAGGUGACGCACAACACGCUGCUUCUAGGCUUCCAGCUGCCCAAAGAGAACCAGGUGCUCGGCUGUGCCGUCGGUCAACACGUGUACCUGUGGACGCGCCGAGGGGAGCGCCUGCUGGUGCGCCCGUACACGCCGGUCAGCCUGCGCGACCAGCGUGGCAGCUUCGACAUCAUCGUCAAGGUGUACCGGCCAGGAACCUCCUCCUCUUUCCCAGCUGGCGGGGCCAUGUCGCAGGUUCUGGAUAGCCUGAAGCCCGGCGACCCCAUACAGGUCCAGGGUCCGAAGGGUAACUUCGAGUACGUUGGUCGCGGCCGGUUCGUGAUGGAGAGCGGCACCGUGCUGUGCCUCGCCUCGCAUAUCGGCUUGGUGGCCGCUGGCUCGGGCGUGACGCCCAUGCUGCAGCUGCUGCGCCACAAGUUCGCCGACCCGAAUGACGUCACGCGCAUCUUUAUGGUCAACGUGAACCACUCCGAGAAGGACAUCAUUAUGCACAAGGAGCUCAAGGAAUAUGCCAAGCACCAGCAGAGGAUGUUCAGGCUCUGCAACGUGCUGACCGAGAUGCCCGUUCGCAACGUGCUGAAGAAGAUGCACGAGGAUUACGUGGAGGGCCCGCUGACGCAGACCAUCCUGGAGGAGUACCUCCCGCCGCCCUCCUCGUACAGCAUCAUCCUCGUCUGCGGGCCACCUCGAAUGGUCAGCGAGUUGUGCCAGCCCGCACUGCGAAACAUCGGCCACGACCGGCUCCGCGUGCUCAUCUACUGAGCGCGUCCGCCGUCCGUGUUUCCAGGCCCCGCGGCCGUCUUUACCUCUUUCUUUCUUUUGUGCCCAUCUUCCGGAGCGAGUUUCACGCUGCCGGACAACAUGAUGGCUGCGCACAAUUUGCGAUGGGAAAUAAAAACAAGCGUUAUGUCCCCGUC